CCCUCACUUAGACACUUCCAGCUGGUGGCGAAGGAAACGCGCGUAAGAUCCUCCAUCCCAGCUGCCCUCCACCCUUCUCUCCGCUCUCCGUCCCGGCUCACUGCACGCUGGGGAUGGGUUCAGGUAGGACCUGGAGAAAGAAAAAAGCACCACGGGGAAAGCACCGUCUCCUCCAAACGCUCAUCUCUUCUUUCUCACACAAACGCAGUUCCCCAGCUUUAGCUCCUCGCUGGAACACAUAGAGGGAGAUUUUUUUUUUUCUUUUUUCUUCUGUGCGUGCACUCUUCAGUCUUUCUUCACUUUCUGAAAGGAUACCUCACUUGGGCUUUUUUGCAUCAUGGCACACGCAGCAUCCCAGCUGAAGAAAAAAGCCGAUCUGGAACUUACAGCCGCCGAGGAAGAGAAGAAGAAAAAAAGCAGAAAGAGAACCAGGGAUCCUAAGAAAAAGACUGACAGUAAUGCCAGUUACCUCAGAGCGGCCCGGGCUGGAAACAUUGAGAAAGCCCUCGAUUAUAUAAAGACUGGUGUGGACAUCAACAUCUGCAAUCAGAAUGGGUUGAACGCUCUUCAUCUGGCUUCCAAAGAAGGCCACGUGGAGGUUGUGACGGAGCUUAUUAAACUUGGUGCCACGGUGGACGCCGCAACAAAGAAAGGAAACACUGCUUUGCACAUAGCAUCACUCGCCGGACAGGCGGACGUCGUCAAGGAACUUGUGAAUAAUGGAGCCAAUAUCAACGCACAGUCUCAGAAUGGCUUUACGCCACUCUACAUGGCUGCCCAGGAAAACCACCUGGACGUCGUCAAAUUCCUACUGGAUAAUGGAUCCAGUCAGAGCAUCGCCACGGAGGAUGGUUUUACUCCGCUGGCCGUAGCUCUCCAGCAGGGUCAUGAUCAGGUGGUGUCUCUGCUCCUGGAGAACGACACCAAGGGGAAGGUGCGAUUACCUGCCCUGCACAUCGCUGCCCGUAAGGAUGACACAAAAGCAGCGGCGCUACUCCUGCAGAACGACCACAACGCAGAUAUUGAAUCCAAGAUGAUGGUGAAUAGAACGACAGAGAGCGGCUUCACCCCUCUCCAUAUAGCGGCUCAUUACGGGAACAUCAACGUUGCGACCCUGCUGCUGAACCGCGGGGCUGCCGUUGACUUCAAGGCGAGGAAUGACAUCACGCCUCUCCAUGUGGCAUCGAAAAGAGGAAACGCCAACAUGGUCAGGCUUCUGCUGGAGAGAGGAGCCCGAAUCGACGCCAGAACCAAGGAUGGCCUAACACCUUUACACUGUGGAGCGAGGAGCGGUCAUGAGCAAGUGGUUGAGAUGUUGCUAGAUCGCGGAGCACCCAUCCUUUCAAAAACAAAGAAUGGCUUGUCGCCGCUGCACAUGGCCACGCAGGGAGAUCAUCUGAACUGCGUCCAGCUCUUGAUUCAUCAUGAGGUGCCUGUGGACGACGUCACCAACGAUUACCUGACAGCCUUGCACGUCGCUGCACAUUGCGGACACUACAAAGUCGCCAAGGUCCUAGUGGACAAGAGGGCCAAUCCGAAUGCCAAAGCACUGAAUGGUUUUACACCACUUCACAUCGCUUGCAAGAAGAACAGGAUUAAAGUGAUGGAGCUGCUGCUGAAACACGGAGCGUCCAUUCAGGCUGUGACUGAGUCUGGACUCACGCCGAUUCAUGUGGCUGCUUUUAUGGGCCAUGAAAACAUUGUGACUCAGUUAACAAAUCACGGAGCGUCUCCUAACACAAUGAAUGUGAGGGGAGAGACGGCGCUCCAUAUGGCUGCCAGGGCAGGACAGGCAAACGUGGUGAAAUUCCUGGUGGCGAAUGGAGCAGAUGUGGACGCAAAAGCCAAGGACGAUCAGACCCCGUUGCAUAUAUCCAGUCGUCUGGGAAAACCAGACAUUGUCCAGCAACUGCUGCAGCAUGGGGCUUUACCCGACUCCACCACCACGUCUGGAUACACGCCACUGCACCUGGCUGCACGGGACGGCCACAAAGACGUGGCAUCCAUCCUGCUGGACAACGGAGCCUCUCUUGGCAUUACUACCAAGAAGGGAUUCACUCCACUGCAUGUUGCAGCCAAAUACGGGAAGAUGGAAGUUGCUAACUUACUGCUACAGAAGCGAGCACCGCCUGACGCAGCUGGAAAGAGUGGACUAACACCACUGCAUGUUGCUGCACACUAUGAUAACCAGAAAGUGGCUCUUCUUCUGUUGGACCAAGGAGCGUCUCCACAUGCAGCAGCAAAGAAUGGCUAUACUCCACUGCACAUCGCUGCCAAGAAGAACCAGAUGGAGAUCGCCACCACGCUGCUAGAGUACGGAGCCGAUACCAACGCCGCCACACGGCAGGGCAUCAGUCCUCUGCAUCUGGCAGCACAGGAGGGCAAUGUGGACAUGGUGACACUGCUGCUCGCCCGCGAAGCUGCCGUCAGUCUGGGAAACAAGAGUGGACUGACCCCUAUUCACCUGGCGGCUCAAGAGGACAGGGUCAAUGUAUCUGAAGUGCUGGUUAAUCAUGGAGCCACUGUGGACCCCGAGACUAAGAUGGGAUAUACACCGCUGCAUGUGGCCUGUCACUAUGGCAAUGUGAAGAUGGUGCAUUUUCUCCUGAAGAACCAGGCGAAAGUCAACGCCAAAACUAAGAAUGGAUACACACCUCUCCAUCAGGCUGCUCAGCAGGGUCACACACACAUCAUUAACCUGCUGCUGCAGCACGGAGCUUCCCCUAAUGAGCUGACAGUGAAUGGAAACACUGCCUUAGCUAUUGCCAGGCGCCUGGGUUACAUCUCUGUGGUCGACACGCUCAAAGCAGUGACAGAGGAGACGCACACUACUGUGACAGUGACUGAGAAACAUAAAAUGAAUGUUCCGGAAACAAUGAACGAGGUCUUGGACAUGUCUGAUGACGAAGUUCGUAGAGCCAAUGUGCCUGAAAUGCUCAUUGAGGACUAUAUUUCAGAUGUUGAAGAAGGUGAGGAUGCGAUGACCGGAGACACAGACAAAUAUCUGGGGCCGCAGGAUCUGCGUGAGCUCGGAGACGACUCUCUGCCUCAGGAAGGAUAUGUUGGAUUUAGUGUUGGAGCCCGAACGGCCAGUCCUAAAAUCAGCCUGCGCUCCUUCAGUUCGGAUAGGUCCAACACUCUCAACCGGAGCUCCUUCGCCCGCGACAGCAUGAUGAUCGAAGAGAUCCUGGCGCCCACCAAGGACACGGGGGUCUGUAGAGACAUGCCCACCCUUGUUGACUCUCAUUAUAAGCACCUGGCCUUAGCGAAAGAUUACAACACGGACUCAAUGAGACGUUACAGCUGGACGCCAGAUACUAUGGACAAUGUGAACCUGGUCUCCAGUCCUGUCCAUUCAGGCUUUUCUCGCUCCCCCCUUCAGUACGACAACAGGUUUUUGGUGAGCUUCAUGGUGGACGCACGUGGCGGGUCGAUGCGAGGAAGUCGCCACAAUGGCAUGCGGAUCAUCAUCCCGCCUCGCAAAUGCACUGCGCCAACACGUAUCACAUGCCGUCUGGUCAAGAGGCACAAGCUGGCGUCGCUGCCACCCAUGGUGGAGGGAGAGGGCCUGGCGAGCAGGCUGGUGGAGGUGGGCCCAGCAGGGGCUCAGUUUCUGGGCCCCGUGAUUGUGGAGAUCCCUCAUUUUGGGUCCAUGAGAGGGAAAGAGCGAGAACUCAUUAUGCUCAGGAGCGAAAACGGUGAGACCUGGAAGGAGCAUCAUUACGACUGCAAAACUGAAGACCUCAAUGAGCUACUCAAUGGCAUGGAUGAAGAGCUGGACAGCUCAGGUGAUUUGGAGAAGAAGCGCAUCUGCCGGAUCAUCACUAAGGACUUCCCACAAUACUUUGCGGUUGUAUCACGGAUCAAACAGGAGAGUAAUCAGAUGGGUCCUGAUGGAGGCGUCCUGUCCAGCAUGACAGUACCUAUGGUACAGGCCUCGUUUCCUGAGGGUGCUCUCACCAAGAAGAUCAGGGUUGGACUGCAGGCCCAACCUGUUCCAGAUGAAGCUGUGAAGAAGAUUAUUGGUAAUCGUGCCACCUUCAGCCCAAUAGUGACCGUGGAGCCACGCAGGAGGAAGUUCCAUAAGCCCAUCACCAUGAUCAUACCUGUGCCUCCAGUCUCUGGAGAGGGGGUGGUGAAUGGAUACCAAGGAGACACCACACUAAGCCUGCGUUUACUCUGCAGUAUAACCGGUGGCACAUCACCAGCUCAAUGGGAGGACAUCACCGGCACUACACCUCUCACCUUCAUGAACGACUGCGUGUCCUUCACCACAAACGUGUCUGCCAGGUUUUGGCUCGCUGACUGCCAUCAGACCCCAGAGACUGUACCUUUGGCCACCCAGCUCUACAGAGAGCUUAUCUGUGUGCCCUACAUGGCCAAGUUUGUAGUGUUUGCCAAAAUGAAUGACCCCGUGGAGUCCAACCUGCGCUGCUUCUGCAUGACGGAUGAUAAAGUGGACAAAACUCUGGAACAACAGGAAAACUUUGAGGAGGUGGCCAGAAGCAAAGACAUAGAGGUCCUGGAAGGGAAGCCCAUCUACGUGGACUGCUACGGCAAUUUGGCCCCUCUGAUCAAAGCUGGACAGCAGCUGGUUUUUAACUUCUAUGCUUUCAAAGAAAACAGACUCCCAUUCUGUGUGAAGGUCAGAGACAACAGCCAAGAGCCAUGCGGCCGCCUGUCCUUCCUCAGAGAGAUCAAAACCUCCAAGGGUCUCGCACAAACUGCUAUCUGUAAUUUAAACAUCACACUGCCAGGAUUCAAGAAGGAUGUGGAUUCAGAUCCCGAGGAAGAGACUGAAAAGCCAGAACGACGUCAUACCUUUGCAUCUCUAGCCUUACGUAAGCGCUACAGCUAUCUGACCGAGCCUGGAACGAAAACAGUUGAACGAAGUACAACAAGAACACUGCCUGCUGGUUACACUCACAAGCCUGUCUUUUCAACAAGAUCUUACCAGGCAUGGUCGACUGCUCCUAUUACCGUCCCUGGGCAAACAAAAUGUGGACUGGGUUCCCUCUCCAGUUCACCUUCCAACACGCCAUCUGCUUCGCCACUAAAGUCUGUAUGGUCCAUUUCCUCUGCCUCUCCAGUCAAGUCCACCCUAGGAACAUCAAAUGCUUCUCCUGCAAAAUCAAUUAGCGACGUUGCAUCACCCAUUAGAACAUACAGAUCAAUGUCAUCACCCAUAAAGACUGUGGUUCAACAACCCCAAAAUCAAGUUCCAAUAUCUUCCAGUCUCCUAUCUUCGCCAGGUAAAACUGGCACAGAUCCUGUGUCUAUUAAGGGGCUUGCUGCCUCAUUGUCCUCAAGAGCUAACCUGAUUUCGUCACCGGGAUCCAUGCUAGACAGAACUUUCACAACAGUGACCCAAUCUGACUCUAUAAAGUCAACCACGAAUACCUACACAUCAUUCAAAUCCACCCUGGCUCCCACAAGUAUAGCAGUGUCCUCUCCCAUUCGAAAUAUAUCAAGCCUAUCCUCUAUUAAAUCCACCACAGAUGCAGCCAGGGGGACAUUUUUGUCAUCACUUUCUUCAUCAGCUAAGCCUACAACAGCCAGUACUGAAACAGUCAUGUUAAAUGGAUCCGUUUCACCAUUAAAAUAUCCCAUAUCCUCCUCUUCAUCUUCCCGUCUGUUUUCAGGAGGGGCUUAUAGCUUACAAGAACGGAUACAGGCCACAACACAAGCAGCGACAGCCAGUGUUGGUGCAGCCUUCAGUGAGGCUGAAAGAACAGUUACUGGUGGCUCGAAGUCAAACUACAGUACACUAAAAUCUGUAUCGUCACCUUUAAGAUCACACUUAACAAGUUCUGUUUAUGAGUCCCUUCGAUCACCAGUCACCACUACCACGCCAAUGACAUCUGUUUCCAUGUCUGUUCCAGUAUUUUCUGUGGUCAGUGUGCUUCCUGAAACACAGGGGAGGAAACUUCCAGAAAAAAUAACAAUCACACCUCAGACACACAACCAAACACAGUCCUCUACAACACGAAAGAAACCUGCAAAGCCCUCACUUUUCAUUUCUCCAACAGUCCUCAAAGCAGCAGCCACACCCACAUUGACUUCCAAUCAAGAGAUUCUUAAGGAUGUAGCAGAUAUGAAGGAAGAUCUGAUGAGAAUGACAGCAAUCUUACAAACUGACUCUUCAACUUCACCCAAAAGUUUCCAUUCAAAGGUUUCUAAAGAACCCAAGAUAGAAGAUGAAGAAACUUUCAGUUUGGUCGAGAAAGUUAAAGAGGACCUUGUCAAAGUUAGUGAAAUUCUUAAGAAAGAUGUUCUGAGUGAGGCCAAAAACUCUCGAAAAGAGAGGGCAUCAGAAGAUGAAUGGGAAGAGUUCUCUAAAGAUGAAAUUGAGGAGGCACGACACAGUGCCCUGCGAUCCCUGCCAACAUUCGAAUCAACACUUCCAGUUGGGCCACAGUCAGUGCCAGACAAAGAUCUCAAUUUAGCCAAAGUGGUUGAUUACUUAAUGAAUGAUCUUGGUGCUAGUUCCCUUUCAAAAAUAGCUGAUGUAAAGAGCAGAUAUGAUGAAAUAAAGAAAGAAGGUGAGGAAAAACAGAAGCGCACCAUGAAGCCUGAGCACAAGCUCAAAAUGCCACCCACCGGUAUGAGGACCUCACCUUCAGAGAAAGACUUAAGUAAAUUAACUCAAGAAACAUAUAGUGGCACUGACGCUAUCUUGGAAUCUCCUGAUGACUUUUCCCAUGAGCAAGAUAAAAGUCCUCUCUCAGAUAGUGGUUUUGAAACCAGAAGUGAAAAGACCCCAUCGGCUCCUCAAAGUGCAGAGAGCACAGGGCCCAAACCCCCAUUCACAGAUGUGCCUAUUCCCCCUGUCAUAACAGAAACCAGAACUGAGGUUGUUCAUGUCAUCAGGAGCUAUGAACAACCUGAUGAGGUCUGUGAACCAUUAAUGGAUGAGGCAGCAGCUUUGAAGCCUCCAGUUGAACCUGAGUCAGCCGUUAGCUCAAUCAAUGAUAAGGUAAAAGCCUUGCAGAUGAAAGUCAGCUCUGACGAGUUGGCAUGCCUCAAAGAAGAAACUCAUAUUACCACUACAACUCGAAUGGUCUACCACAAACCUCAACUGAAAGAUGCUGGUUCUGACCGGAUUGAAGAAACAAUGUCAGUCCGAGACAUAAUGAAAGCUUUUCAGUCUGGAAGAGACCCUUCCAAAGAAUUAGCUGGUUUAUUUGAGCACAAAGCUGGCCAAGAUACCAUUAAAGGAGAUGAAUUGUCCCCAAGGUUCCUUGAAAAGGACAAAAAACCCAAAGUUGAGAGAAUUAUUGAGGUGCACAUAGAAAAGGGCAAUACAAACGACCCGACUGAAGUUAUAAUCAGAGAAACUAAAAAGCAUCCAGAGUUUAUAUGCAAGAGUGACCGAGGUCUCAGGGAGCUUGUUGAGAGGGUUGAUGGGGAUUAUGAGGUUCUUCAAGAUGAAGAGGAACUUACUGCAGAGGAAACACUGCCGUCCUUCCUAGACACGUCCAGAGUUAAUACACCUGUCUCUCAAGAGGAAGAGAGUCGUCCCAGUUCAGCUCAGCUUAUUACUGAUGAAUCAUAUAAAACGUUAAAGCUUCUAAGCCAGCAUUCAAUUGAGUAUCAUGAUGACGAGUUGUCUGAGUUGAGAGGGGAGUCAUACAGGUUUGCUGAGAAAAUGUUGCUCUCAGAAAAAUUAGACAUAUGCCAUUCUGAUACUGAGGAUUCAGUGGCAGACCAGACACAUAGCAUAGCCACUGAAGUACAAGGGGCAGAAGGCGUAUAUGGAGAAAAAGUAACUGGCCCAAGGAAGGAGUCCAAAUUAAGGUCAGCAAGAGAUGCAUCAGAGAAAUCAGGUAAAUAUCCCCCACAAGAAGAGCAAUUUGACAAAGUUACAGUAUUACAUUACACCACAGAACCAGGAAGCCCUAAACAUGCCGUCUGGAUGCGAUUUACCCAAGAUAGGCAAGACAGGAAUAGAGAGAAACUUAUUUAUGAGGACAGAGUUGAUCGGACUAUUAAAGAGGCAGAGGAAAAACUGAGUGAGGUCUCACAGUUUUUUAGAGAUAAAACUGAAAAGCUAAAUGAUGAGCUUCAGUCUCCCGAGAAAAAGAAACCAACAAGACUUUCACGGGAGACACUGUCAGGGCCGAGCUCAAUGUGCAGCAGCCCUGAGAAAAAGCAAAAGAGCACAGCUGAUGAAUGGGAGAAAGGCAGGCAGAAAAUGUUUGGGAGUACAGCUGAAAGGAAAAGUGCGAGCCUCCCAAACAGUCCCGAGAGGCAUAAGCUGUCACAGUUCAGUGAGGAUAAGCCAAAACAGCAUGAAUCUCCUCAGCAGGCAAAGACAGGUAAUACAGGCCCCCCAGUCCCAGUUAAGACAUCUAAAGUGAGUUCUUUUAGGCAGAAGUUUGAAACAGAAGCACAGAAACAGGAUAAGAAUAUACCUAUAGCACAAUCCAAAAAAUCACCAGAAAGUAAGUUACCAGUUUAUCAAUUUUUCACUGGUUCAAAACCGUCAAAGUCAGACUCUGCAGAUGUAGGACAGUCACCUUCUAGAAAACUAACAGAAAUCGAUAAAAGUAAAGUAGACCCUCAGAGUUGUAAAUCUCAAGGUCCUCAAAGAACUACUGUUUCAAAGCAAUCCGGUGAAAAAGCUUUACUUGAAAAAUCGACUACAUCAAAUAAUGUUGCAAAAAAAGCCUCGCUGUUUGAGAAGAUUAAGGAUCAGGGGCUUGAUACAACUCUAGAGAGCUCUACUAAAGUGCAAGACUUGAAAGAUGGAUAUAGUGCAGACAGACAUAGUGCAGUUAAUGAUAUUAAAGAACAACGGUACCUAAAAAGUGACAUUAAAAAUGACUCCUUUAAAACAGAUGCCUUAUCGAAGGAUAAUGUCAGUAGAAACGACAGCCAGAUAAAGACCCUUAAGAAAAAGACAGAAUCCCAUAUUCCCAUGAGAACAACCUCUAGUUCCUUAGACAAUAACCAGUCAAAGAAGAUGAAUCAAGAUACAGUCAGUAAAUCAUCUGAAAGGAGCCCAUCGCACAUACCUACCCUGACAAGACCAAGGGUCCAGGGCCGUUUAGAGUUACAGAAAGAAGAUGCUUCAACAACGAAACCGGAAGAAGUCUCUGUUGAAAGUAAAACAAGUGACACUAGUUCAGUGGAAAAAUUCACAGUUACAACAAGAGAAAGUUUCAAAGGGCUUAAAACUUUACCAGUUUAUGUAAGUGUGCAAAUGGGUAAGCAGUCUGAUAAAGACAUGGGAGGAGGAACAAAUGGAACAAUAAAAAAGGUAUCUGGUUCAGAAAGUCGGACAGUUUAUGCAGUUAAACAGAAACAGCCCACAUCUCCUCAAGGCAGCCCAGAUGAUGACACCUUAGAACAGUUCUCUUUUAUCGAUAGCUCUGGCAAAAGUCCUAUGACCCCAGAGACCCCAAGCUCAGAAGAGGUCAGCUAUGAUCUCACUUCGAGAACUCCUGAUCCAUUUAUUGCAUUUAUGCCAGGUAUUACAAGCCCGAUAGCUGAGGUUUCAGAAGAAUCUGAAGAUAGUGAACAAGGUAAAGAUCAUUCUUUGAAAAAAUCUGGACCAGAAGUUCAGGAAACAAAAGACAAAAGAGUUGCAUAUAUAGAGUUUCCUCCUCCACCACCCUUAGAUUCUGAUUCAUCACAGCCUGAGAAAAAAGGGUCGACUCCUUCCUCAGAAGCUGAGACUGAAAUGAUGGAAGUAAAUCUCCAAGAGGAGCAUGAUAAACAUCUUCUUGCCGAACCCAUAAUAAGAGUCCAACCUCCAUCCCCUGUGCCCCCAGGAGCUAAUGAUAGUGAUUCAAGUGACGAGGAAUCAGUCUUUAAACCCAUUCCAAUAAAGAAAUAUACCUUUAAAAUUGAUGAGAACCAGGACUUGACAGACAGCCAAUCAAAAAAACAAGACAAGAAUGGUAAUGAUAAAGAACCAGGGGAAAAUGGUAAUGGAAAAACAGAAGAUUAUGAUUAUGAACAAAAUGGCAAUGAUCAGUCCAUCACAGACUGUUCAAUAGCAACAACAGCAGAGUUCUCUCAUGAUACAGAUGCCACUGAGAUUGACUCACUGGAUGGAUAUGAACUUCAGGAUGAGGAUGAUGGCUUAAGUGAACCUAUAGCCAAACCUUUUGGAUUUCCCAAUGACAACAGAAAAGACAUUUGGGCAUCAGAUAAUAUGUCUAGACCAAGUGACCGUUGCCAAAGUAAACUUGAAGUAAUUCAAGAAGAAUCACCAGCUGAGGACUGCAAAAAGACCAAAGCUAAGAUUGAUCCUUCAAACAGAACGAAUGGAAAAGACGAAAAGGAUGGAAAACAAUCUGAUCAAGGACUUUCGGACACUUAUUUUAGUUACAAGUUAGAUGAGGAGUUUAAUACUCCUUUUAAAACUGUUGCAACAAAAGGCUUUGAUCCUUGGUCAAGCAAGGGAGGAGAAGAUGAAGUAGUGGAUGCUAGAAUUAAAGACGAUGAACCCAAGCCAUUUGGGUUAGCAGUAGAUGACAAGUCUGCUGCAACAACCCCUGACACAACUCCUGCAAGAACCCCAACUGAUGAAAGCACACCAACUAGCGAGCCUAACCCUUUCCCCUUCCACGAAGGGAAGAUGUUUGAGAUGACCCGCAGUGGUGCGAUUGACAUGAGCAAGAGGGAUUUUGUUGAAGAGAGGCUGCAAUUUUUUCAGAUUGGCCCUCAGACCCCCUGUGAAAGAACAGAUUUGCGAAUGGCUAUUGUAGCAGAUCAUCUCGGCCUGAGUUGGACUGAGAUGGCCAGGGAAAUGGAAUUUUCAGUUGAUGAGAUAAAUCAAAUCCGUGUGGAAAACCCCAACUCAUUGACGGCUCAGAGUUUCAUGCUAUUAAAGAAAUGGGUUAACAGAGAUGGUAAAAACGCUACAACGGAUGCCUUAGCUGCGGUCCUGACUAAGAUCAAUCGGUUGGAUAUUGUGACAUUGCUGGAAGGGCCGAUAUUUGACUAUGGUAACAUUUCAGGCACAAGAUGUUUUGCAGAUGAUAGCGCAGUUUCCCAGGAGCAGGCUGAUGGUUACCACAACAUUGAGCUGGAGCUCAAGAGUCCCACAGAGCUGAACUAUGAACCCCCUACCCCUCUACGUCAUGAUGAUUUCUUUAGUGAAGACAGUAUGCUUAAGUUCUCCUCUAGUGCCCCUGUUAGACCCAGUGAACUGUCCUUGCCAACCUCUAGUGGCCCAGUGUCUACAGAUACUAAGCCGCCUACCGUCACGGCGGAAGACACAACUAUUGGAGGCCGGGAAUCCGUUGCCCAGGAAGAUGGGUCCGCUGAAGAUGACCUUGGUGUCAACCAGGAAUUGAUAUCUCCCUCAAAACAGCAUGACAGUGAGGAAACCUCCAAAGAAUCAGAUGUCUUCCCAAGCAGCCCGGUAAAAGAAAAGGAUGCCCAGCCUAUGCUUCCCAUUUGCGCCUCUGCCAGUGAAGCUGUUAAAGAGUGUGGCAAGUCUGGGUUUGACGAAGAAGACGAAGAGAUGACUCAAGAUAAAAUAAAGUCUCUCUUGGAGACUAUUAAGUUGGAGGAAGGCUCAGAGGAUGAGGAGAUGACUGAGGAGAGGCUGCAAGCGAUCCUCUCUCAAGUACAGCAGGCAGAAAAAGACAUGUCUUCAAUUUCAGGUUUGCAGAGUGAGACGUCUGGUGCAAAUGGAAAGACAACAACCGGCCAAGGACUGGGUACUGAGAAACAAGGGCAAAGAGAGACCAGCCAAGAGCUGAAGUCCUCAAUGCCUGGAGUGCAAGCUGAGAGGCAAAAUGGAGAACAUCCAGAGGUGUUGUCGCCAGACGCCAGUGAGUCUUCCAGCAAACCAAAGGGCAAAGCAAGGAAAGAUUCUGAGCGAGAGGAAGCAAGCAGGGAGGUUCUGGAGGACAGAGGACCAAACAACAGGGAGGAGGGCAUCUCCGAGCCUAAAGUCCAGCAGGAAGCUCUUAGAGAGAAUGAUUCCAGCACUGAUGAGGAAGAGACUGUCACUACCAGGGUGUAUCGGCGGAGAGUGAUUCUGAAGGGUGAUCAGGCCAAAAACAUCCCUGGUGAGACUGUCACAGAAGAGCAGUACACUGACGAAGAUGGAAACUUAGUCACCAGAAAAGUCAUCCGGAAAGUGGUGCGUCGUUCAGCUGGUGUGGAGGAGAAAGGCAAGCGGAAACGUGGGAAACGUUCCCGGCAGGCCAGUAGGGCCGAGCUAGAGGAAGAGAGUGGCCCGGGGCCCCACAGAGAGCACACUGAGGCUGGAGAAGGAGGGAAGGGCAAAAAGAAGGAGGGAAGACAAAAGGAGAAAAAGGGUCAAUCAUAACAGUUGUGCUCUUUUUGAUUUAAAAGUGCUACAAAACCAUUUUCCUUUCGAGGAAGAUCACUGGAAACGUGCAGGAGGUCGGGGGAUGAGGAUUGUGUGUCAGCAGCUUUCAUAAAAACAAAUGGUUUCGGGUCUGACGGUUUUUGAUUUCGCAUGAGCAUGAAAAAAAAACUUGUUUCUGUCAAUAACACGGAAUGGCUAACGGUCAAGAGGGGACAUUGUUGGUGCAGCGUUGUACAAUACGAGCGCCCAAGCACUUCCUUUGACCAAAGAGGCCACUUAAACAUAUUGCUGAUUGACAGGAAUGGAUGGACUCGUUUGAAUCACCUUCUACACUCGCCUUACUAUUUUUUUUUCCCUCUUGAUCCAAUAAUGUUGGGGUUGUAUAAUGCUGUUGGAGCUUACGAUGUACAUAAAUGACACUGUAUAAAUUUGAAAGUGGCUCACGACAUUGUUAAUGCACUGGCAAGUGUGUAGGAAUGAACUACCAAUUCUGAUUCCAAUUUUAAGGGAACGCUUCACAUGCACUUGUAUAAUUAUUAGCGGGAAAAAAACAAAUGUUUGUAAAUGAAAAAACAAAAAAAGCUUGAUUUUAACAACUGAUAAUUCUUUUAAACCUACUGCGGUCUCUUAGUGGUACGAACAUUGGAGCAGCUGUAGUUUUCUUCAGAGUACUAAUAUUUUCAUGCAUGUGAUUCACUUUAUUUUUGAGUUUUGUUUGUUUUCUAACACACAAGAGAAGGGGAAGUGAUGUUCUGUAUGUGUACGCUUUACAGCCUUGCAAAUGCACACUAUUUUUUAUUUGAUUUAUUUUUAGAAAGACGACAGAAUCACACAUCAGCUUCACUAAAAUACACUGUGUCCCAUCACAUGACGGCGGCGGUUUCCCUAUGCAGUCUGAAAUGCUCACCGAAAUCAAACGGCGUGAUGCACUUUUACCUGUUCUCAUGUGUACCGGCUCUAAGAUGUAGAAGUCUUUCUGUCAGCCUGUCGUUUGUAAUCAUUCUAGCAGUGUAUUACUACUUUUUUCCAGGCUGCUGUGGUUUUGGGGGAAAUUUUACUUUGGUUUUUGGUGCAUUUUUGAGAAAUCACUCAAGCAUUCAUGGAUGACAGAUCUGGUAACGAACAUUAUGUAUGAGAAAAACAACAUACACUGGAUGAUCAAAUUAAUUAUUUAAGCUUAUAAUAAAUUGUGUUCAAACCCUC